AAAAACAACAAAAAAAUUAACAAACAAACGUGAAAUUAAAAUUAAUCAAAACAACUAAUAAGUUUUCAGCAAUUAAUUGCUUGUCUGACGAUUCUCAGGGCAGUGACAGUGGCAUCAGUUUUUAGUACCUUAAAGUACACAUAGAAAGAAGAUUUUUCUCUGGCGACACGAUCGAUUGAAACUGCCAACAACUUUAGUAUUGUUUCUCAGUCGACACAGUAGCACGAUUGUUUUGUUUUGGAUGCAAAUCUAUCUAUUUGGAAUAUAAUUGCAGUGCAAUUAGUUAAUUUGAAAUUAAAAGGGCGGAUGUGCUUUGUUUGUUUUAAAAGAUCAUUAUGCUGCCAAUUACUCUGGUUCUAGUACUGCUGAUGCGAGUUGAUGGCAUGAUGUAUGCUUUGAAUUUACAAAAAACCAUUGACAGCGAGAAUGAGGAUAAUUUUAUUCUACAAUCAGAUUUGGAUGAAGUCGAGAGGGUCUCAAGAUGUAUGUCUUUAAAAUUCGGACUUACCGAAGCCCAGGAUAUCGAAGACUUGGAUCUAAUGAGAGAUGCUCGAACUUCUUUUAUUCCACGAGAUACUGCUGCAAUACCAUGGGAAUGCUUGGAUGUAAAGUUUGAGACAGCUUCGGCAAGUCGUUCAAAACGGUCUUCAAAUUUAAGCUUCCACAAUUUGCGGCAUAUUUCCACAGGACCAUCACGAAGCCCUAUCGAUAAAACCGAUUCAAUGGGAUUGCAUUUUAUAUGGAAAGCUCAAGAUUCCAAAGAGGAAAUCCGGCGGGCUCAAGCCGAAACCAUGAUAAAGUACAUGGAUACGAGUGAGGAUCCUUGUAAUGAUUUCUACAAAUACGCAUGUGGUAAUUGGGAAAAAAUCAACCCUAUUCCAAAAGAUAAAGCCGGGUUUGACACUUUUGAAAUGUUACGGGAAAACCUCGAUGUUGUUUUGGAGCAACUUCUGCAAGAAAAAAAUCCAAAGCCUGAAGUAUUCCAAAUAAGCAAUAACUAUUACCAAGAUCCAGAAGCUAAAUCAGAUAUUGUAUCUCCAGGACAAGACACACGAGAGACUUUAAGUCAAGUUCUAAAAUCGACCCACCUUCGAAAGCACAUAAUCAAACGUCGGAAGAUCUUGGAUACUCUUUUGGAGAGAUACAAACGUGGUGUAUUAAGUCUUCCAGACAAUCGUAGUGAUGGUUUAUCCCGGCAAAAGAAAGAAGUCGAUGCUGAGGCAAAGGCCAAACUUCUCUAUCAAUCUUGUAUAAAUAGUAUUUUGUUGGAAAAACGUGGCAUCAGUCCAUUGUUAGAUCUUAUACGAUCUCUCGGCGGUUGGCCAGUUUUGGAUAAAAAUUGGUCUGAAGAUGGUUUUGAUUGGUUAAAUUUGACAGCUCAAUUGCGUUUGUUUAACAAUGAUAUCCUUAUUGUUGAAUGGGUCGGACCGGAUUUGAAAAAUUCAAACGAGAAUAUCAUACAUUUUGAUCAAACUAGUUUGGGACUUCCGACAAGAGAAUAUUUUUUGGAAGAUGCACAAAGCAAAUAUUUAAAAGCUUAUCAAGAAUUUAUGCAAACAGUUAUGAAUCUUUUGGGCGCCAGUCAAGCUGAAGCUGCUAAAACUGCUGAAGAACUUAUUGCAUUUGAAUCAUUAUUGGCUGCUAUAACUUCUCCGGCGGAGGAAAGAGUUAAUGUUACCAAGUUGUAUAAAAAGAUGUCGGUAGACGAACUGAAUAAGUUAGUUCCGAAAAUUGAUUGGAAGCGGUAUUUAAGUAUUGUUCAGGAGAAACCUGUUGAUGAGUCUGAAAAUGUUGUAAUAUUUGCCUUGAAUUACAUGAAUGAUCUAGUGAAUCUAAUUACCGACACUCAACCUCGGAUUGUGGCAAAUUAUCUCAUGUGGCGAUUUGUUCGUCAUCGGAUAAAUAACGUCGAUGAUCGUUUUGAGGAGUCAAAACAAAAGUUCUUCCAUGCACUUUUUGGGCGGGAAGAAAGUCCAUCUCGAUGGAAAGUGUGUAUUGCUCAGGUGAAUUCAAAUAUGGGCAUGGCGUUGGGCGCCAUGUUUGUGCGAAAGUAUUUUGACGAGAACAGCAAAGAGGAUACACUAAAAAUGACCCACGAGCUACAACAGGCUUUUCGAGAUAUUCUUCAAACAACCGAUUGGAUAGAUGAAUCUACAAAGCAACUCGCCGAGGAAAAAGUCAAUAUGAUGUCCUUGAAAAUCGGUUAUCCUGAUGAUAUUUUGGUGCCUUCUGAAUUAACUGAUAAAUACAAAGGCAUUGAUAUUCAUCCAGACAAGUAUUUUGAAAACACUUUAAACGUUUUACGUCACACAGCUAGAACAGAACAACAAAAAAUGCUUGAACCGGUGAAUAAAACCAUGUGGCAGACACCGCCAGCUAUUGUUAAUGCCUACUAUAGUCGUAAUAAAAAUCAAAUUAUGUUCCCGGCGGGAAUUCUCCAGCCACCAUUCUACCAUCGUCAUUUCCCGCGUUCACUUAAUUUCGGUGGAAUUGGUGUUGUCAUAGGUCAUGAGCUUACCCAUGGUUUUGAUGACAAGGGGCGAUUGUUCGAUAGUAAUGGCAGUAUUCAUAAAUGGUGGAGUGAUUCGGCGGUACAGGGUUUUGACGAACGGGCACGCUGUCUGAUUGCCCAAUAUGGCAACUAUACAGUUAGUGAAGUGGGCAUUACGUUGAAUGGUGAAAGCACACAGGGUGAAAAUAUUGCUGAUAAUGGUGGAAUAAGACAGGCAUUUCAUGCUUAUCAAAGUUGGCUGGAAAAGAGCACAGUAGCCGAUCGGCAAGAGGAAUCGCUGCCGGGACUGAAUAUGACAGGGGCACAGUUGUUCUUUUUGAAUUUUGCACAAGUGUGGUGUGGAGCAAUGCGACCAGAGGCAACAAGAAAUAAAUUAAAUACUGCGAUUCAUAGUCCGGGACGGUUUCGUGUCAUUGGAACGUUAUCGAAUUCAGAUGAUUUCGCGAGGGAGUUCCAAUGUGAAAGAGGCUCGCCCAUGAAUCCAGCUUCGAAGUGUGGAGUCUGGUGAAAAGCGGGGAAGUCAGAAGAUGGGUAUUUAAAAAUAAAUUUAUGAGGAGAAGCGUGCAUCCUAGCCAGUAGAAGUAGUCGUUGUUGUCAAUAUCAUCAUCGUUGUCAUUAUUGUCGUCGUUUGUCGAAGUCGUUGUCUCGUUAAAUUGGAGUUAAUUGAAUCAAUGCGUGGUGACGUAGGUCGAUUUUUAAGACUUGCUACUAUUAUUCAAAAUCAUCACGUGGACGAAUUCUGAGUUUCCUGUUUAGUUUUAAAUGCAAAUAAAUUAUUGUUGUGAUAUUUAAUUUCUUUCCAAACCAACAAACAAUAUUAUAGGGGUACAUAAAUAAUAUUUAACUUAGUGUAAAUUUAUAUAUUUUUUUUAUACAUGUAUAAGAUUUUUUUU